AUGUUGGCCGCAUCCAUGCUCACCACCGUCUUCUCCCCUCUCGCCCUCCUCCGCCCGACGGCCUCCUUCGCGCGCCUGCGCCGCGCGGCUCCCGCCGCCGCCGUCGUCGUGCGCGCCGCGGCCAAGUCCACGGCCGCGGCCGCGGCGGCCCCCAAGAAGAAGAGGGCGGCGCCGACCGGCAUCACGAUGCCCCGGCCCGUCUCCCCGGCGCUGCAGGCGUUCAUGGGCGCCGCCGAGGUCCCCCGCACCGAGGCCAUGAAGCGCAUCUGGGCCUACAUCAAGCAGAACAACCUCCAGGACCCUGCGGACAAGAAGGUCAUCGUGUGCGACGAGAAGCUGAAAGCCCUGUUUGCGGGCAGAGAGCGUGUUGGGUUCCUGGAGAUUGCCAAGCUUCUGAGCCUGCACUUUGUCAAGACUCCGUGA